AUGCAAAUUUUCGUGAAGACCCUCACUGGCAAGACCAUCACUCUCGAAGUUGAGAGUUCAGAUACCAUAGACAAUGUUAAGACAAAGAUUCAAGAUAAGGAAGGGAUCCCUCCAGACCAGCAGCGUCUCAUUUUUGCUGGUAAGCAACUAGAGGAUGGGCGUACCCUUGCUGAUUAUAACAUACAGAAGGAAUCAACUCUCCAUUUGGUGCUCCGUCUCCGUGGUGGGAUGCAAAUCUUUGUGAAGACUCUCACUGGAAAGACCAUCACCCUUGAGGUGGAGAGCUCUGAUACCAUUGACAAUGUCAAGGCCAAGAUCCAGGAUAAAGAGGGGAUUCCACCAGACCAGCAGAGGCUCAUCUUUGCCGGCAAACAGCUUGAAGAUGGCAGAACAUUAGCAGAUUACAACAUCCAGAAGGAAUCCACCCUCCAUUUGGUACUCCGUCUCCGUGGUGGUAUGCAAAUCUUUGUCAAGACCCUCACAGGAAAGACCAUUACCCUCGAAGUGGAGAGCUCUGACACCAUUGACAAUGUCAAGGCCAAGAUCCAGGACAAAGAGGGCAUACCACCCGACCAACAGAGGCUCAUCUUUGCUGGCAAACAGCUCGAAGAUGGCAGAACUUUGGCUGAUUACAACAUCCAGAAAGAAUCCACCCUCCAUCUUGUGUUGCGACUUCGUGGUGGUAUGCAGAUUUUUGUGAAGACCCUUACCGGCAAGACAAUUACUUUGGAGGUAGAGAGCUCAGACACCAUAGACAAUGUGAAGGCCAAGAUACAGGACAAAGAGGGCAUUCCACCAGAUCAGCAAAGGUUGAUUUUUGCUGGAAAGCAGCUCGAAGAUGGCCGAACCCUGGCUGAUUACAACAUCCAGAAGGAGUCAACUCUUCAUCUUGUUUUGAGACUUCGCGGUGGUAUGCAGAUUUUUGUGAAAACCCUUACUGGCAAGACAAUUACGUUGGAGGUAGAGAGCUCAGACACAAUUGACAAUGUGAAGGCCAAGAUACAGGACAAGGAGGGUAUCCCUCCAGACCAGCAGAGGUUGAUUUUUGCUGGAAAGCAGCUUGAAGAUGGCCGAACUUUGGCUGAUUACAACAUUCAGAAAGAGUCCACCCUUCACCUUGUCCUUCGUCUGAGGGGAGGUAUGCAGAUCUUUGUGAAGACUUUGACCGGAAAGACCAUUACCUUGGAGGUAGAAAGUUCAGACACAAUUGAUAACGUGAAGACAAAAAUACAGGACAAGGAGGGAAUCCCACCAGAUCAGCAGAGAUUGAUCUUUGCUGGGAAGCAAUUGGAGGAUGGAAGGACUCUUGCUGACUACAACAUUCAGAAGGAGUCUACUCUUCACCUUGUUUUGCGCCUUCGCGGUGGAUUUUAA